UAGGGUUCAAAGUACCAGAUUCUCAUGAGUUUGUGUCUUUGGAUUAUGACAGCACAUCCGCUGACUGCAAGACAGUGCGCCUAAAUAAUUGUUCUUACCAAGCGUAAGUGUUUAUAAAACACGGUGUUUGGUCUGGUCCAAACACCUCAUUCAUGUGGAGAAGUUUCCCUCUGAUGGCGUAGAUGUUUAUAUUCACCUAGCACGCGCAGAACCAGCGGAUGAACUAAUGAUACUAGUGCUUGAAGCCUAUUUUUUGGUUCAAAAGUAAAGGAAUGCCAAUAAAGUUAAUUGUGAGCCUUACAGUUGUUUGUUUUAUCGGUGUAUUGGGUGCCAUAGUGUUCGGUUUGUGCAGGAUGAGAGCUAAGCAAAAAGGACGCAUCAAAUUAACAAGGGACAUCCUACAAGAAUAUAUAGGAGGAAAACAUGAUCUGUCUGAGCUACGGAUCUAUGGAUUUGAUAGCAUAUUAGUUGCUACGGACAAUUUCAGCACAGAAAACAAACUUGGGCAAGGAGGAUUUGGUCCAGUUUAUAGGGGUAAGCUAGCAGAAGGGAAGGAAAUAGCAGUAAAAAGACUAUCCAGUACCUCAGGGCAAGGUGUAGUAGAGUUCAAGAAUGAAAUGUUGUUGAUCUCCAAUCUCCAACACAAAAAUCUGGUCAGGAUCAUGGGUUGCUGCGUUAAAGAGGACGAGAAGUUAUUGAUUUAUGAGCUCAUGCCAAACAAAAGCUUGGAUACUUUUCUUUUCGAUUCGAUGAGAAGAGCAGUGCUUGAUUGGGGUACACGUUUCAAUAUUAUUCAAGGUGUUGCUAGAGGGCUUGUUUAUCUCCAUCAUGAUUCCUAUUUGAAGGUAAUACAUAGAGAUCUAAAAGUGAGCAACAUUCUCUUGGAUGAGAAAAUGAACCCAAAAAUUUCAGAUUUUGGAUUGUCACGUUCGGUUGAAGGGACACAGAAUUUAGAAAAUACUCAGAGAGUUGUGGGAACGCGUGGAUAUAUGUCUCCAGAGUAUGCCAUGGGUGGAAUAUUUUCUCAAAAAUCUGAUAUUUACAGCUUUGGGGUCUUGGUAUUGGAGAUUAUUAGCAGCAAGAAGAAUACCGCCUUCUAUAUCUUUGAUCGACAGCUAGGCUUACUAGCCUAUGCAUGGCAGUUAUGGAAGGAAGGCAGGGAAUUGGAGUUGGUAGAUGAAAUGUUGGCGGCUGACUCAUAUUCGGCUCCAGAAGUAAUGAAAUGUGUGCAUAUUGGGUUGCUUUGUGUACAGGACAAUCCAACGGAUAGGCCGAGCAUGCCGGAUGUAAUUUUUAUGCUAAAUGGUUCCACAACUGUAAUUGGUGGUCCAGAACCUAAGCAGCCUCUAUUCACAAUCCAAAACUCAGUCACUCAUCCUCAACCACAGCCUUCGAAUAUUUUCCCCACAAAUGAAGCUACAAUGACAAUGAUUGAAGGACGCUAAUUGCAUGCUCGUGACAGUGGUGGAGGUUGGGAUUUGCUGAUCUAUGUGAAUUUGGGUUGUGUUUGCUUUCUUUUGAUGGUCCUUAGCUAAGCUUGGCCAAACCUGCUUGUAUCUGCACCCUUAUGUUUGUGACCGAAGUAAGACUACUUCCUAGAUGUUUUUGAGUCACCCUUCCGGACCCCAUAUAUGUCCUUUGUGGAUGGAUUUUGUGAAAGCAAUUUCUACUCGGAUAAUUAAAAAAAUAAAAUGAAACUGUAGUUAUAUUUUUAUUUGGAGGGAAUUAGAGAGGAUUAGUUAUGAAGGAAAUUCAUCUUUGUAAUCCGACAUUUAUGGAGAGA